ACCAAACAUAUGUGGAACCAACUCAGACUGUACCAACACCAAUGGAAGCUACAACUGUUCUUGCUUGAAUGGAUAUCAAGUGGCCUUCCCAAACCAAUCCAUAAGCAAUAGCAAUCAGUGCACGGAUGUGAAUGAAUGCCUUCAGACCCCAUCAGUUUGUGGUCCAGACUCAGUCUGCAACAACACCAUUGGAGACUACAACUGUACAUGCUGGAGUGGAUACAAUGUGACUGAUCCGAGUGUGCGAAGUAGUGCAGACAAUCCCUGUACAGAUGUGGAUGAAUGCCUUCAGACCCCACCAGUCUGUGGUCCAAACUCAGUCUGCAACAACACCAUUGGAGACUACAGCUGCUCGUGCUUGAGUGGAUAUAAUGUGACUGAUCCAAGUUUGAAGAGUAGUGAUAAUAACAAUCCAUGUGCAGACAUUAAUGAAUGUGCUGUGAUACCGAAUGUAUGUGGAGCCAACUCAAACUGUGACGUGAAUUAUGAUGGAAGCUAUAAUUGUUCCUGCCUGAAUGGAUAUCGAGUGACCAAUACGAACCAAACCAUAAGUGACAGCAAUCAGUGCAUUGACGUUGACGAAUGUCUUCAAUCUUCAUCGAUCUGUGGUCCAAACUCAGUCUGCAGUAACACGGUUGGAGGCUAUAAUUGCACAUGCCAGAGUGGAUAUCAGGUCAUCAACACCAGUCUGCUGAGUAGUGUUGAUAAUCCUUGUACAGAACUUCUUUACUACAAAAUUGAAUUUGAGCUCAACGCAACUUCUGAAAUUGUGGAUCAACUAAGGAACAUUCUGAAUGGCCUCUCAUUGUCUGUAGAUAACCUAUCUGAAAUAACUGACGCUUAUAUCACAACAGUGUGUUCACCCAAUGGCACUUCAUACCAGUGCAAAUGUGAAAGUGAAUUUUAUUGGUCUUGUGACAAAUGCCAGACAUAUGGACACUGUGAUGACAUCAUCAACAACACAUGUGGAUGCAUCAAUGCCAUUCCAGAUGACAGACAGUUUUGCCAGCCCAAAACAAACUUCAGCGAUUGUCCAGAUGUAGAUGAAUGCCUUCAGACCCGGUCAGUUUGUGGUCCAAACUCAGUCUGCAACAACACUGAUGGAGAUUACAAUUGCAUAUGCUGGAAUGGAUACCAAGUUACAAACAUCAGUCAAAGAAUAAGUGAAAGUAAUCCUUGUAAAGAUGUGAAUGAAUGCCUUCAGACCCCAUCAGUCUGUGGUCCAAACUCAGUCUGCAACAACACCAUUGGAGACUACAACUGUACAUGCUGGAGUGGAUACAAUGUGACUGAUCCAAGUUUGAAGAGUAAUGCUGGCAAUCCCUGUACAGAUAUAAAUGAAUGUGUGGCAAUUCCAGACAUAUGUGGACCUAACUCAGACUGUGCCAAUUUCAAUGCAACCUUCAACUGUUCCUGCCUGAUUGGAUAUCAAGUGACCAAUGCAAACCAAACCAUUAGUGGCAGCAAUCCGUGCACUGAUGUGGAUGAAUGCCUUCAGACACCGUCAGUCUGUGGUCCAAACUCAGUCUGCAACAACACCAUUGGAGACUACAACUGUACAUGCUGGAGUGGAUAUAAUGUGACUGAUCUGAGUUUGAAGAGCAGUGAUGCCAAUCCCUGUACAGAUGUGGAUGAAUGCCUUCAGACACCGUCAAUCUGUGGUCCAAACUCAGUCUGCAACAACACCAUUGGAGACUACAGCUGCUCAUGCUUGAGUGGAUAUAAUGUGACUGAUCCAAGUGUGCGGAGUAGUGCUAACAAUUCCUGUACAGAUGUGGAUGAAUGCCUUCAGACCCCACCAGUCUGUGGUCCAAACUCAGUCUGCAACAACACCAUUGGAGACUACAGCUGCUCGUGCUUGAGUGGAUAUAAUGUGACUAAUCCAAGUUUGAAGAGUAGUGAUAACAAUCCAUGUGCAGACAUAUAUGAAUGUGCUGUGAUACCGAAUGUAUGUGGAGCCAACUCAAACUGUGACAAUUAUGAUGGAAGCUAUAAUUGUUCCUGCCUGAAUGGAUAUCAAGUGACCAAUACGAACCAAACCAUAAGUGACAGCAAUCAGUGCAUUGACGUUGACGAAUGUCUUCAAUCUUCAUCGAUCUGUGGUCCAAACUCAGUCUGCAGUAACACGGUUGGAGGCUAUAAUUGCACAUGCCAGAGUGGAUAUCAGGUCAUCAACACCAGUCUGCUGAGUAGUGUUGAUAAUCCUUGUACAGAACUUCUUUACUACAAAAUUGAAUUUGAGCUCAACGCAACUUCUGAAAUUGUGGAUCAACUAAGGAACAUUCUGAAUGGCCUCUCAUUGUCUGUAGAUAACCUAUCUGAAAUAACUGACGCUUAUAUCACAACAGUGUGUUCACCCAAUGGCACUUCAUACCAGUGCAAAUGUGAAAGUGAAUUUUAUUGGUCUUGUGACAAAUGCCAGACAUAUGGACACUGUGAUGACAUCAUCAACAACACAUGUGGAUGCAUCAAUGCCAUUCCAGAUGACAGACAGUUUUGCCAGCCCAAAACAAACUUCAGCGAUUGUCCAGAUGUAGAUGAAUGCCUUCAGACCCAGUCAGUUUGUGGUCCAAACUCAGUCUGCAACAACACUGAUGGAGAUUACAAUUGCACAUGCUGGAAUGGAUACCAAGUUACAAACAUCAGUCAAAGAAUAAGUGAAAGUAAUCCUUGUAUAGAUGUGGAUGAAUGCCUUCAGACCCCAUCAGUUUGUGGUCUAAACUCAGUCUGCAACAACACCAUUGGAGACUACAACUGCUCAUGCUUGAGUGGAUACAAUGUGACUGAUCCGAGUUUGAAGAGCAGUGAUGCCAAUCCCUGUACAGAUAUAAAUGAAUGUGUUGAGUUACCAAAUGUUUGUGGACACAACUCAAACUGUGCCAAUUACAAUGGAAGCUACAACUGUUUCUGCCUGAGUGGAUAUCAAGUGACCAAUGCAAAUCAAACCAUAAGUGACCGCAAUCAAUGUACAGAUGUGGAUGAAUGCCUUCAGACACCGUCAAUCUGUGGUCCAAACUCAGUCUGCAACAACACCAUUGGAGACUACAGCUGCUCAUGCUUGAGUGGAUAUAAUGUGACUGAUCCAAGUGUGCGGAGUAGUGCUAACAAUUCCUGUACAGAUGUGGAUGAAUGCCUUCAUACCCCACAAGUCUGUGGUCCAAACUCUAUGUGCAACAACACCAUUGGAGACUACAACUGUACAUGCUUGAGUGGAUAUCGUACACCAAAUGCAGAUCUCAGGAUCAGUGGUGGCAAUCCUUGUGCUGAUAUAAAUGAAUGUGUGGAGAUCCUUAACCUGUGUGGUCCCAACUCAAACUGUACCAAUUACAAUGGAAGCUACAACUGUUCCUGCCAGACAGGAUAUCAAGCAAGCUCUGUAAAUCAGUCCAUAAGUAGCAAUAACCAGUGCCAAGAUGUGGAUGAAUGUGAUCAGUUGCCAUCAAUCUGUGGUCCAAACUCGGUCUGCAACAACACCAUUGGAGACUACAACUGUACAUGCAUGAGUGGAUACAGUGUCAACAAUGAAGAUCUAUCAAUAAGUGUUUACAAUCCCUGCACAGAUAUACAUGAAUGUAUGGAGACACCAAAUCUGUGCGGCCCCAACUCAAAUUGUACCAACACAAAUGGAAGCUACAGCUGUUCAUGCUGGAGUGGAUAUCAUGCAACAAAUUCCAACCAUCCCAUAAGUGACAACAACCAAUGCAUUGAUGUGGAUGAAUGCCUUGAGACCCCACCAGUCUGUGGUCCAAACUCAGUUUGCAACAACACCAUUGGAGACUACAGCUGUUCAUGCUUGAAUGGAUACCAGGCCUUCAACUCCAGUCUCUUGAUAAAUGAAAGCAAUCCUUGCAGAGAUGUAAAUGAAUGUACUGUACAUGCAAACUUGUGUGGUCCCAAUUCAAAUUGCACUAACAAUAAUGGAAGCUACAGUUGUUCCUGCUGGAAUGGCUAUGAAGUGACAAAUGCAAGUAAUCCUAUAAGUGCCUUGAAUCCAUGUAGAGAUAUGGAUGAAUGCCUUGAGACCCCACCAGUCUGUGGUCCAAACUCAGUCUGCAACAACACCGUUGGCGACUACAACUGUACAUGCUUGAGUGGCUAUAAUGUGACUGAUCCUAGUGUGUGGAGUAGUGAUGCCAAUCCCUGUACAGAUGUAAACGAAUGUGUGGAGACACCAAGCGUAUGUGGAUUCAACUCAAACUGUGCCAACACCAAUGGAAGCUUCAACUGUUCCUGCCUGAAUGGAUAUCAGGCAAUCAACACAAACCAACCCAUAAGUGACAGCAAUCAGUGCACAGAUGUUGAUGAAUGCCUUGAGACCCCACCAGUCUGUGGUCCAAACUCACUCUGCAACAACACCAUUGGAGACUACAAUUGCACAUGUUUGAGUGGAUAUAAUGUGACUGAUCCAAGUUUGAAGAGUAAUGCUGGCAAUGUCUGUGCAGAUAUAAAUGAAUGUCUUGAGACUCCAAGAGUAUGUGGUCCCAACUCAGGCUGUGCCAACACCAAUGGAAGCUUUGACUGUUUCUGCCUGAUUGGAUAUCAAGUGACAAAUGCAAACCAAACCAUAAGUGACAGCAAUCCCUGCACAGAUGUGGAUGAAUGCCUUGAGAACCCACCAGUCUGUGGUCCAAACUCAGUCUGCAACAACACCGCUGGCGACUACAACUGUAUAUGCUUGAAUGGCUAUAAUGUGACUGAUCCAAGUGUGCGGAGUAAUGCUGACAAUCCCUGUACAGACAUAAACGAAUGUGUUGUGAUUCCAAACCUUUGUGGCCCCAACUCAAACUGUGCCAAUACCAAUGGAAGUCAUAACUGUUCCUGCUUUACUGGAUAUCAAGUGGCCAACCUAAAUCAAUCCAUAAGUGAUAGCAAUCAGUGCACAGAUGUGGAUGAAUGCCUUCAGACACCGUCAGUCUGUGGUCCAAACUCAGUCUGCAACAACACCAUUGGAGACUACAGCUGCUCGUGCUUGAGUGGAUAUAAUGUCAGUGAUCCAAGUGUGCGAAGUAGUGCUAACAAUUCCUGUACAGACAUAAAUGAAUGUGAUGAUAUACCAAACGUAUGUGGACCCAACUCCAACUGCACCAACACCAAUGGAAGCUACAACUGUUCCUGCCUGAGUGGAUAUCGGGAGACCAAUGUUAAUCAAACCAUAAGUGCCAGCAAUCAGUGCACAGAUGUGGAUGAAUGCCUUGAGACCCCACCAGUCUGUGGUCCAAACUCAGUCUGCAACAACACCGUUGGCGACUACAACUGUACAUGCUUGAGUGGCUAUAAUGUGACUGAUCUAAGUGUGCGGAGUAAUGCUGACAAUCCCUGUACAGACAUAAACGAAUGUGUUGUGAUUCCAAACAUUUGUGGCCCCAACUCAAACUGUGCCAAUACCAAUGGAAGUCUUAACUGUUCCUGCUUGACUGGAUAUCAAGUGGCCAACCCAAAUCAAUCCAUAAGUGAUAGCAAUCAGUGCACAGAUGUGGAUGAAUGCCUUCAGACACCGUCAGUCUGUGGUCCAAACUCAGUCUGCAACAACACCAUUGGAGACUACAGCUGCUCGUGCUUGAGUGGAUAUAAUGUCAGUGAUCCAAGUGUGCGAAGUAGUGCUAACAAUUCCUGUACAGACAUAAAUGAAUGUGAUGAUAUACCAAACGUAUGUGGACCCAACUCCAACUGCACCAACACCAAUGGAAACUACAACUGUUCCUGCCUGAGUGGAUAUCGGGAGACCAAUGUUAAUCAAACCAUAAGUGCCAGCAAUCAGUGCACAGAUGUGGAUGAAUGCCUUGAGACCCCACCAGUCUGUGGUCCAAACUCAGUCUGCAACAACACCGUUGGCGACUACAACUGUACAUGCUUGAGUGGCUAUAAUGUGACUGAUCUAAGUGUGCGGAGUAAUGCUGACAAUCCCUGUACAGACAUAAACGAAUGUGUUGUGAUUCCAAACAUUUGUGGACCCAACUCAAACUGUGCCAAUACCAAUGGAAGUCUUAACUGUUCCUGCUUGACUGGAUAUCAAGUGGCCAACCCAAAUCAAUCCAUAAGUGAUAGCAAUCAGUGCACAGAUGUGGAUGAAUGCCUUCAGACACCGUCAGUCUGUGGUCCAAACUCAGUCUGCAACAACACCAUUGGAGACUACAGCUGCUCGUGCUUGAGUGGAUAUAAUGUCAGUGAUCCAAGUGUGCGAAGUAGUGCUAACAAUUCCUGUACAGACAUAAAUGAAUGUGAUGAUAUACCAAACGUAUGUGGACCCAACUCCAACUGCACCAACACCAAUGGAAACUACAACUGUUCCUGCCUGAGUGGAUAUCGGGAGACCAAUGUUAAUCAAACCAUAAGUGCCAGCAAUCAGUGCACAGAUGUGGAUGAAUGCCUUGAGACCCCACCAGUCUGUGGUCCAAACUCAGUCUGCAACAACACCGUUGGCGACUACAACUGUACAUGCUUGAGUGGCUAUAAUGUGACUGAUCUAAGUGUGCGGAGUAAUGCUGACAAUCCCUGUACAGACAUAAACGAAUGUGUUGUGAUUCCAAACAUUUGUGGACCCAACUCAAACUGUGCCAAUACCAAUGGAAGUCUUAACUGUUCCUGCUUGACUGGAUAUCAAGUGGCCAACCCAAAUCAAUCCAUAAGUGAUAGCAAUCAGUGCACAGAUGUGGAUGAAUGCCUUCAGACACCGUCAGUCUGUGGUCCAAACUCAGUCUGCAACAACACCAUUGGAGACUACAGCUGCUCGUGCUUGAGUGGAUAUAAUGUCAGUGAUCCAAGUGUGCGAAGUAGUGCUAACAAUUCCUGUACAGACAUAAAUGAAUGUGAUGAUAUACCAAACGUAUGUGGACCCAACUCCAACUGCACCAACACCAAUGGAAGCUACAACUGUUCCUGCCUGAGUGGAUAUCGGGAGACCAAUGUUAAUCAAACCAUAAGUGCCAGCAAUCAGUGCACAGAUGUGGAUGAAUGCCUUGAGACCCCACCAGUCUGUGGUCCAAACUCAGUCUGCAACAACACCGUUGGCGACUACAACUGUACAUGCUUGAGUGGCUAUAAUGUGACUGAUCUAAGUGUGCGGAGUAAUGCUGACAAUCCCUGUACAGACAUAAACGAAUGUGUUGUGAUUCCAAACAUUUGUGGCCCCAAUUCAAACUGUGCCAAUACCAAUGGAAGUCUUAACUGUUCCUGCUUGACUGGAUAUCAAGUGGCCAACCCAAAUCAAUCCAUAAGUGAUAGCAAUCAGUGCACAGAUGUGGAUGAAUGCCUUCAGACACCGUCAGUCUGUGGUCCAAACUCAGUCUGCAACAACACCAUUGGAGACUACAGCUGCUCGUGCUUGAGUGGAUAUAAUGUCAGUGAUCCAAGUGUGCGAAGUAGUGCUAACAAUUCCUGUACAGACAUAAAUGAAUGUGAUGAUAUACCAAACGUAUGUGGACCCAACUCCAACUGCACCAACACCAAUGGAAGCUACAACUGUUCCUGCCUGAGUGGAUAUCGGGAGACCAAUGUUAAUCAAACCAUAAGUGCCAGCAAUCAGUGCACAGAUGUGGAUGAAUGCCUUGAGACCCCACCAGUCUGUGGUCCAAACUCAGUCUGCAACAACACCGUUGGCGACUACAACUGUACAUGCUUGAGUGGCUAUAAUGUGACUGAUCUAAGUGUGCGGAGUAAUGCUGACAAUCCCUGUACAGACAUAAACGAAUGUGUUGUGAUUCCAAACAUUUGUGGACCCAACUCAAACUGUGCCAAUACCAAUGGAAGUCUUAACUGUUCCUGCUUGACUGGAUAUCAAGUGGCCAACCCAAAUCAAUCCAUAAGUGAUAGCAAUCAGUGCACAGAUGUGGAUGAAUGCCUUCAGACACCGUCAGUCUGUGGUCCAAACUCAGUCUGCAACAACACCAUUGGAGACUACAGCUGCUCAUGCUUGAGUGGAUAUAAUGUCAGUGAUCCAAGUGUGCGAAGUAGUGCUAACAAUUCCUGUACAGACAUAAAUGAAUGUGAUGAUAUACCAAACGUAUGUGGACCCAACUCCAACUGCACCAACACCAAUGGAAGCUACAACUGUUCCUGCCUGAGUGGAUAUCGGGAGACCAAUGUUAAUCAAACCAUAAGUGCCAGCAAUCAGUGCACAGAUGUGGAUGAAUGCCUUGAGACCCCACCAGUCUGUGGUCCAAACUCAGUCUGCAACAACACCGUUGGCGACUACAACUGUACAUGCUUGAGUGGCUAUAAUGUGACUGAUCUAAGUGUGCGGAGUAAUGCUGACAAUCCCUGUACAGACAUAAACGAAUGUGUUGUGAUUCCAAACAUUUGUGGCCCCAAUUCAAACUGUGCCAAUACCAAUGGAAGUCUUAACUGUUCCUGCUUGACUGGAUAUCAAGUGGCCAACCCAAAUCAAUCCAUAAGUGAUAGCAAUCAGUGCACAGAUGUGGAUGAAUGCCUUCAGACACCGUCAGUCUGUGGUCCAAACUCAGUCUGCAACAACACCAUUGGAGACUACAGCUGCUCGUGCUUGAGUGGAUAUAAUGUCAGUGAUCCAAGUGUGCGAAGUAGUGCUAACAAUUCCUGUACAGACAUAAAUGAAUGUGAUGAUAUACCAAACAUAUGUGGACCCAACUCCAACUGCACCAACACCAAUGGAAGCUACAACUGUUCCUGCCUGAGUGGAUAUCGGGAGACCAAUGUUAAUCAAACCAUAAGUGCCAGCAAUCAGUGCACAGAUGUGGAUGAAUGCCUUGAGACCCCACCAGUCUGUGGUCCAAACUCAGUCUGCAACAACACCGUUGGCGACUACAACUGUACAUGCUUGAGUGGCUAUAAUGUGACUGAUCUAAGUGUGCGGAGUAAUGCUGACAAUCCCUGUACAGACAUAAACGAAUGUGUUGUGAUUCCAAACAUUUGUGGACCCAACUCAAACUGUGCCAAUACCAAUGGAAGUCUUAACUGUUCCUGCUUGACUGGAUAUCAAGUGGCCAACCCAAAUCAAUCCAUAAGUGAUAGCAAUCAGUGCACAGAUGUGGAUGAAUGCCUUCAGACACCGUCAGUCUGUGGUCCAAACUCAGUCUGCAACAACACCAUUGGAGACUACAGCUGCUCAUGCUUGAGUGGAUAUAAUGUCAGUGAUCCAAGUGUGCGAAGUAGUGCUAACAAUUCCUGUACAGACAUAAAUGAAUGUGAUGAUAUACCAAACGUAUGUGGACCCAACUCCAACUGCACCAACACCAAUGGAAGCUACAACUGUUCCUGCCUGAGUGGAUAUCGGGAGACCAAUGUUAAUCAAACCAUAAGUGCCAGCAAUCAGUGCACAGAUGUGGAUGAAUGCCUUGAGACCCCACCAGUCUGUGGUCCAAACUCAGUCUGCAACAACACCGUUGGCGACUACAACUGUACAUGCUUGAGUGGCUAUAAUGUGACUGAUCUAAGUGUGCGGAGUAAUGCUGACAAUCCCUGUACAGACAUAAACGAAUGUGUUGUGAUUCCAAACAUUUGUGGACCCAACUCAAACUGUGCCAAUACCAAUGGAAGUCUUAACUGUUCCUGCUUGACUGGAUAUCAAGUGGCCAACCCAAAUCAAUCCAUAAGUGAUAGCAAUCAGUGCACAGAUGUGGAUGAAUGCCUUCAGACACCGUCAGUCUGUGGUCCAAACUCAGUCUGCAACAACACCAUUGGAGACUACAGCUGCUCGUGCUUGAGUGGAUAUAAUGUCAGUGAUCCAAGUGUGCGAAGUAGUGCUAACAAUUCCUGUACAGACAUAAAUGAAUGUGAUGAUAUACCAAACGUAUGUGGACCCAACUCCAACUGCACCAACACCAAUGGAAGCUACAACUGUUCCUGCCUGAGUGGAUAUCGGGAGACCAAUGUUAAUCAAACCAUAAGUGCCAACAAUCAGUGCACAGAUGUGGAUGAAUGCCUUGAGACCCCACCAGUCUGUGGUCCAAACUCAGUCUGCAACAACACCGUUGGCGACUACAACUGUACAUGCUUGAGUGGCUAUAAUGUGACUGAUCUAAGUGUGCGGAGUAAUGCUGACAAUCCCUGUACAGACAUAAACGAAUGUGUUGUGAUUCCAAACAUUUGUGGCCCCAACUCAAACUGUGCCAAUACCAAUGGAAGUCAUAACUGUUCCUGCUUGACUGGAUAUCAAGUGGCCAACCCAAAUCAAUCCAUAAGUGAUAGCAAUCAGUGCACAGAUGUGGAUGAAUGCCUUCAGACACCGUCAGUCUGUGGUCCAAACUCAGUCUGCAACAACACCAUUGGAGACUACAGCUGCUCGUGCUUGAGUGGAUAUAAUGUCAGUGAUCCAAGUGUGCGAAGUAGUGCUAACAAUUCCUGUACAGACAUAAAUGAAUGUGAUGAUAUACCAAACGUAUGUGGACCCAACUCCAACUGCACCAACACCAAUGGAAGCUACAACUGUUCCUGCCUGAGUGGAUAUCGGGAGACCAAUGUUAAUCAAACCAUAAGUGCCAGCAAUCAGUGCACAGAUGUGGAUGAAUGCCUUGAGACCCCACCAGUCUGUGGUCCAAACUCAGUCUGCAACAACACUGUUGGCGACUACAACUGUACAUGCUUGAGUGGCUAUAAUGUGACUGAUCUAAGUGUGCGGAGUAAUGCUGACAAUCCCUGUACAGACAUAAACGAAUGUGUUGUGAUUCCAAACAUUUGUGGCCCCAACUCAAACUGUGCCAAUACCAAUGGAAGUCUUAACUGUUCCUGCUUGACUGGAUAUCAAGUGGCCAACCCAAAUCAAUCCAUAAGUGAUAGCAAUCAGUGCACAGAUGUGGAUGAAUGCCUUCAGACACCGUCAGUCUGUGGUCCAAACUCAGUCUGCAACAACACCAUUGGAGACUACAGCUGCUUGUGCUUGAGUGGAUAUAAUGUCAGUGAUCCAAGUGUGCGAAGUAGUGCUAACAAUUCCUGUACAGACAUAAAUGAAUGUGAUGAUAUACCAAACGUAUGUGGACCCAACUCCAACUGCACCAACACCAAUGGAAGCUACAACUGUUCCUGCCUGAGUGGAUAUCGGGAGACCAAUGUUAAUCAAACCAUAAGUGCCAGCAAUCAGUGCACAGAUGUGGAUGAAUGCCUUGAGACCCCACCAGUCUGUGGUCCAAACUCAGUCUGCAACAACACCGUUGGCGACUACAACUGUACAUGCUUGAGUGGCUAUAAUGUGACUGAUCUAAGUGUGCGGAGUAAUGCUGACAAUCCCUGUACAGAUGUAAAUGAAUGUCUUGAGACCCCACCAGUCUGUGGUCCAAACUCAGCCUGCAACAACACCAUUGGAGACUACAACUGUACAUGCUUGAGUGGAUAUAAUCUCACUGAUCCAAGUUUGAAGAGCAGUGAUGACAAUGCCUGUGCAGAUGUGAAUGAAUGUGACCAGUUACCAUCAAUCUGUGGUCCAAACUCAGUCUGCAACAACACCAUUGGAGACUACAACUGUACAUGCAUGAGUGGAUACAGUGUCAACAAUGAAGAUCUACCAAUAAGUGUUUACAAUCCCUGCACAGAUAUACAUGAAUGUAUGGAGACACCAAAUCUGUGCGGCCCCAACUCAAAUUGUACCAACAAAAAUGGAAGCUACAGCUGUUCAUGCUGGAGUGGAUAUCAAGUAACAAAUGCAAACCAUCCCAUAAGUGACAACAACCAAUGCAUUGAUGUGAAUGAAUGUGUUGAGACUCCAAACGUAUGUGGGCCCAACUCAAACUGUACCAAUACCAUUGGAAGCUACAGCUGUUCCUGUCUGAUCAGAUAUCAAGUGACCAAUGCAAACCAACCCAUAAGUGACAGCAAUCAGUGCACAGAUGUAAAUGAAUGUCUUGAGACCCCACCAGUCUGUGGUCCAAACUCAGUCUGCAACAACACCAUUGGAGACUACAACUGUACAUGCUUGAGUGGAUAUAAUCUCACUGAUCCAAGUUUGAAGAGCAGUGAUGACAAUGCCUGUGCAGAUGUGAAUGAAUGUGACCAGUUACCAUCAAUCUGUGGUCCAAACUCAGUCUGCAACAACACCAUUGGAGACUACAACUGUACAUGCAUGAGUGGAUACAGUGUCAACAAUGAAGAUCUACCAAUAAGUGUUUACAAUCCCUGCACAGAUAUACAUGAAUGUAUGGAGACACCAAAUCUGUGCGGCCCCAACUCAAAUUGUACAAACAAAAAUGGAAGCUACAGCUGUUCAUGCUGGAGUGGAUAUCAAGUAACAAAUGCAAACCAUCCCAUAAGUGACAACAACCAAUGCAUUGAUGUGAAUGAAUGUGUUGAGACUCCAAACGUAUGUGGGCCCAACUCAAACUGUACCAAUACCAUUGGAAGCUACAGCUGUUCCUGUCUGAUCAGAUAUCAAGUGACCAAUGCAAACCAACCCAUAAGUGACAGCAAUCAGUGCACAGAUGUAAAUGAAUGCUUUGAGACCCCGCCAGUCUGUGGUCCAAACUCGGUCUGCAACAACACCAUUGGAGACUACAACUGUACAUGCUUGAGUGGAUACAAUGUGACUGAUCCAAGUUUGAAGAGCAGUGAUGACAAUGCCUGUGCAGAUAUACAUGAAUGUAUGGAGACACCAAAUCUGUGCGGUCCCAACUCAAAUUGUACCAACAAAAAUGGAAGCUACAGCUGUUCAUGCUGGAGUGGAUAUCAUGCAACAAAUGCAAACCAUCCCAUAAGUGACAACAACCAAUGCAUUGAUGUGAAUGAAUGUGUUGAGACUCCAAACGUAUGUGGGCCCAACUCAAACUGUACCAAUAACAUUGGAAGCUACAGCUGUUUCUGUCUGAUCGGAUAUCAAGUGACCAAUGCAAACCAAACCAUAAGUGACAGCAAUCAGUGCACAGAUGUCAAUGAGUGUCUUCAGACUCCCUCAAUCUGUGGACCAUUCUCUGUCUGCAAUAACACAGUCGGCCAUUACACCUGCUCAUGUCUUAGUGGUUACACUGUCAACAAUGCAGAUCCACUAAUCACUGUUGACAAUCCCUGCACAGUCAUAACAACACCAGCUCUUACAACAACAACAACAACAGCUCCUACCGUCCCCAGGCAGAAAACCAACAUUGGGACUACCGUCCCGAACCUAAAUGGAGGGGAUGUUUCAAACUUUGUUCAGGGGCUCAGUAACACCACACAGCAAAAUAAUGAUGACAUUGUUACUUCACCAGCAACUAUUGCAUCUAUUGUGAACAUACUUCGCAAUGUUGCAACAGCCUCCAGUCUAAUCACAGUGGACCAGGAGGUUAUGGGGGAUUUCCUUGACACUGUGAAUGUCAUUGUCUCCCCAAGUGCGAAUAAUGUCUGGAGUAACUUAAAUAGUGAUCCUGAUGAAACUCGUGUAAGUGCCAGCUCCAACUUGUUGCUCGCUGUGGAAAGGAUGUCGGCCAAAACGGUCCUGGAUGUCAUCACAUAUGUUGGAGUUGGAAUAUCAAUCGGCAGCUUGAUAAUCGCCCUAAUAAUUGAGAUGAUAGUUUGGCGUGCCAUGACAACGAAUGACACGGCGUACAUGCGACACGUCUGCAUUGUUAAUAUUGCUGUGUCCCUCCUGAUUGCUGACAUCUGGUUCAUCGUGGGAGCAGCCGUGUCGAAUGAAAAUGGUGCAGCCUUGGGGCCCUGCACAGCAGCCACGUUUUUUGCCCACUUCUUUUACCUGGCUAUGUUCUUUUGGAUGCUAAUGUCCGCUCUACUGCUCCUGUACCGCAUUGUGUGGGUUUUCUCGAACAUCUCCAGGUUGGCCAUGAUGCUAAUUGGCUUCUUUAUCGGCUACGGCGGCCCUCUCAUUACGGCAGUGGUAACUGUGGCAUCGACAGCUGGACAGAGGGGCUACAUCACGUCGUAUGGCACAUGCUGGCUCAACUGGGAAAAGACCAAAGCUCUGCUGGCCUUUGUGAUCCCUGCCUUGGUCAUUGUGGCCAUCAACUUGUGUGUCAUGAUGGUGGUCCUGGUCAAGAUGCUGAGAAGAGGCGUGGGAAACACUGUACAAAAUGAAGAAACACACAACCUAAGGGUCAUCGCAAAAUGUGUGGCCGUAUUAACUCCACUGUUUGGUAUUACCUGGGGAUUUGGCAUUGGCAUCAUGAUCAGCCCAGAGAGCUUUGGACUCCAUGUUGUCUUUGCAUUGCUAAAUUCUUUACAGGGUUUCUUCAUUUUAGUGUUUGGGAUCCUCUUGGACAAUUCGAGAAACUGUAGCUGGAAUAUCAUCACCGGACUCCAGAUCAGGGCAAACGAGAAGCACAAGUGGAGGAGUGUCAUCUUCUACUGGAAUGCGCAUCUUUCAACGGUUUAG